CAUCUAAUCGUUACUAGAUUCUAAAUUAUCUUAUGAAGAUACACAUUCUCAAAUUAUCUCGUUGAUCCAUGUGGUCUAUACUUCUCCUACUUCGUUACUUGGCUACUUCAGGCUGCUUCAGGCUACUUGUAGCGAGGGUAAAAGGGGGUCUUUUUCAUUUAUAUUGUUAACAAACACUAAAUAUACGAAAUGUCAGAGGUUGAUGAAAUAAGUUACAUCUUAAAUAACACUGCCAACAAACCACGAAAAGUUUCAAAAUAUGGCUUGUACCUUACUGGAAUAACAGGAGGUAUCGCAACAGCUAUCAGCAUAAUAUGUAUUCCAUUCGUGAGCCCUGCAUUUCGUAAAAUAUGCUUGCCUUAUGUGCCAGCUACUAGACAACAAGUUCAAAAUGUAUUGGAAGCCUUAGAGGGAUGUACUGGGUCUUUAAUUGAUCUUGGCAGUGGAGAUGGACGCAUAGUUUUUGCAGCAGCAAAAGCUGGUUUCAAAGCUCAUGGUAUUGAAUUGAAUUCUUGCUUGGUAUGGUAUUCUAGGCUGAAAGCCUUAUUUACAGGACUAUCAUCGCAAACAACAUUUAUAAAAAAGAAUCUAUGGAAACAUAAUUUGAAAAAUUAUGACAAUAUUGUUCUAUUUGGCGUUGAUCAAAUGAUGCAAGAUAUAGAAAAGAAAUUCAUAAUAGAAUUACAAAAGGAUUGUACUAUAGUUGCUUGCAGAUUUCCACUUCCCAGUAUGAGUGCAAUGAAAGUAGUUGGUCAAGGAGUUGAUACUGUUUGGAUUUACAAAGUUUCAAAAAGGACAUGAAAUUAUAUGUUUAUUCUUAGGUAUGAAUACAAGAUAUUUAUUAUUGUUAUAAAUAUCAUAUAAUUAUAAAUAGUACAAAUCAUCGAGAUUCUGUGGUACACAGUCUAGUAAAAUUUUUUGUAACAUAUGAAUAAAUAAAUAUUUUGUGUCUUA